UUCCAAAUUUGGAACCCUAAUUUUCUUGUAAAAUUGAAUUACAUGAAUAAUUAGUAUCUUUUUAUUAAAAUGGCAAUUGCUUUUUCUCAAGGUUUUGCUUGCAGAACCCAAUUAUCGUUUAAUCUCCCUCUCAUUAAUCGUUUUCAUAAGAUAAGGCCAAGCUUUACUGUAGCAGCCAUUGGAUCAUUGGUUGAAUCAUUAAAUGCUCAUAAUAAUAAUAAUGAUAAUGAUGAUCUUCAUAUUUCUACUGCUAAAAAUGCUAAAGUUGGUGGGCAUGAUGAGUACAAACCACAUGAAUGGAAGAAAUUGUGCUCUAAAGAACUUGGAAUCAGGACUUCGAAAAUUACAAACCCUGCGAAAACGGUUUUGAAUGUGCUUCGAAAAAAAGGAUAUGAGGUAUACCUUGUUGGAGGUUGUGUACGGGAUCUUGUGUUAAAGAGAACUCCAAAAGAUUUCGACAUCCUGACGACUGCAGAACUUAAAGAGGUAAUGAGAGCAUUUCCACACUGUGAAAUAGUUGGAAGACGGUUCCCUAUAUGCCAUGUCCAUGUGGAUGAUGCCGUUAUUGAGGUCUCAAGUUUCAGCACAACUGGAAGAAAGUUCGGGAAGAAGUCAAAAUCUUCUAUGAGGAGACCUUCUGGUUGUAAUGAAUGUGAUUAUAUUCGAUGGAACAAUUGUAUGCAGAGGGAUUUUACAAUCAACGGGUUGAUGUUUGAUCCAUUUGCAAGACUUGUGUAUGACUACAUUGGUGGAAUGGAAGACAUCCAAAAGGCUAAAGUUCGCUGCAUAAUCCCUGCAAACACUUCAUUCGUGGAAGAUUGUGCUCGGAUUCUGCGUGGGAUUAGAAUUGCUGCUCGUUUAGGCUUUCGAUUUUCAAGAGAAACUUCUCAUUUUUUGAAAGAAUUGUCGCAUUCAUUGCUACGGCUUGAUAAGGGCCGGAUACACAUGGAAAUGAAUUAUAUGUUGGCAUAUGGAUCUGCAGAGGCGUCACUAAGGCUGCUCUGGAAAUUCGGGCUACUUGAGAUUCUUCUACCUAUCCAAGCAUCUUACCUUAUUUCACAUGGAUUCCGCAGACGCGAUAAAAGAUCUAACAUGCUUCUGUCUUUGUUUGCUAGCUUGGAUAAACUUCUAGCACCUGAUCGUCCAUGCCAUUCUUGCCUGUGGGUUGGCAUUCUUGCAUUUCAUGAAGCAUUGGUAGACCAGCCUCGUGAUCCUAUGGUAAUAGCUGCAUUUUGCAUAGCCAUUCAUAGUGGUGGAUCUUUGUCUGAAGCAGUUAAUAUUGCAAGAGAAAUCUCACAGCCUUAUGACACUAGUUUCCAAGAAAUAUCAGAACCUAAAUUUUCGUAUUCAAAAGAUGAGUUAAUGGACGAGGUUAUAAGACUUGCAGCUUCUGUAAAAGCUGCAUUGCGGAGACUGUCAGAUGAGAAUUUAGUUUCUCAUGCCCUGAUCCAAUACCCACAAGCCCCACAAUCUGAUCUGGUGUUCAUUUCGUGUACUCUAUCAGUAAAGGUAAGCUCCAUAUUUGAUUGUGUUAGGAAGGGCAAGAAUCGGAGGUUUGUUGCAAAACGAGGAAGUGAAAUCGAUUUUGAAUCAUUGGCAUUGGGUAGAUUGGAUGAAGUUAGGGACAUUUUUGGUAGAGUUGUAUUUGACACUGUAUAUCCUUCCAGGUUGGCUAAGCUGUGAAACAUGGAAAUCUAUCGAUUUUCUAGGAUCAUUUAAUUGUUCAUAUUAUGAAUACAUGGAAAGUUAUUAAAGUAGCAGAAUCAAGAAAGUGUUAAACAUGUGACAAGGAACUAUGUAUGAUUUUUUUACUCCUAAAA